CCCGCUCCGCCCGCCAUGGCGACCGCGACCCCCGUGCCGCCGCGGUCGGGCAGCCGCGCCAGCGCCCCUGCGACGCCGCUGAGCCCCACGCGGCUGUCGCGGCUCCAGGAGAAGGAGGAGCUGCGCGAGCUCAACGACCGGCUGGCGGUGUACAUCGACAAGGUGCGCAGCCUGGAGACGGAGAACAGCGCGCUGCAGCUGCAGGUGACGGAGCGCGAGGAGGUGCGCGGCCGCGAGCUCACCGGCCUCAAGGCGCUGUACGAGACGGAGCUGGCCGACGCGCGACGCGCCCUCGACGACACGGCCCGCGAGCGCGCCAAGCUGCAGAUCGAGCUGGGCAAGUUCAAAGCCGAGCACGACCAGCUGGUGCUCAAUUAUGCUAAGAAGGAAUCAGAUCUCAAUGGAGCCCAGAUGAAGCUUCGAGAAUAUGAAGCUGCACUGAAUUCUAAAGAUGCAGCUCUGGCCACGGCACUUGGUGACAAAAAAAGUUUAGAGGGAGAUUUGGAGGACCUGAAGGAUCAGAUUGCCCAGUUGGAAGCCUCCUUGGCUGCUGCCAAAAAACAGUUAGCAGAUGAAACUUUACUUAAAGUGGAUUUAGAGAAUCGCUGUCAGAGCCUUACCGAGGACCUGGAGUUCCGUAAAAAUAUGUAUGAGGAGGAGAUCAAUGAGACCAGAAGGAAGCAUGAAACUCGCUUGGUAGAGGUGGAUUCUGGACGUCAGAUUGAGUAUGAGUACAAGCUCGCUCAGGCCCUUCAUGAGAUGCGAGAACAGCAUGAUGCCCAAGUGAAGCUGUACAAGGAGGAGCUGGAGCAGACUUACCAUGCCAAACUGGAAAAUGCCAGACUGUCAUCAGAGAUGAAUACUUCUACUGUCAACAGUGCCAGGGAAGAACUGAUGGAAAGUCGUAUGAGAAUUGAGAGCCUUUCAUCUCAGCUUUCUAAUCUACAGAAAGAGUCUAGAGCAUGUUUGGAGAGGAUUCAAGAGCUGGAGGACUUGCUUGCUAAAGAAAGAGACAACUCUCGGCGCAUGCUGUCUGACAAGGAGAGAGAGAUGGCGGAAAUAAGGGAUCAGAUGCAGCAACAGUUGAACGAUUAUGAACAACUUCUUGAUGUAAAGUUAGCCCUGGACAUGGAAAUCAGUGCUUACAGGAAGCUCUUAGAGGGCGAAGAGGAGAGAUUGAAACUCUCUCCAAGCCCUUCGUCUCGUGUGACAGUAUCCCGAGCAUCCUCAAGUCGGAGUGUUCGCACAACUAGAGGAAAGAGGAAGAGAGUUGAUGUGGAAGAGUCAGAGGCCAGCAGUAGCGUUAGCAUCUCUCACUCUGCUUCAGCCACUGGGAAUGUCUGCAUUGAAGAGAUAGAUGUUGAUGGGAAAUUUAUACGCUUGAAGAACACUUCUGAACAGGAUCAGCCAAUGGGAGGCUGGGAAAUGAUCAGAAAAAUUGGAGAUACAUCAGUCAGUUACAAAUAUACCUCAAGAUAUGUGCUGAAGGCAGGCCAGACUGUUACAAUCUGGGCUGCAAAUGCUGGUGUUACAGCCAGUCCUCCCACUGACCUCAUCUGGAAGAACCAGAACUCUUGGGGCACUGGCGAAGAUGUGAAGGUUAUAUUGAAAAAUUCUCAGGGAGAGGAGGUUGCUCAGAGAAGUACAGUCUUUAAAACAACCAUACCUGAAGAAGAAGAGGAGGAGGAAGAAGCACCUGAAGUGGUUGUAGAGGAAGAGCUUUUCCACCAGCAGGGAACCCCAAGAGCAUCCAAUAGAAGCUGUGCAAUUAUGUAAACUUCUCCAGUCAACCGUCUUCCUCAAAUAAAGAAGCAUGGUAAUCCUUACCAACGCGCAGUGCAGAGCCUUCUCAGAAGCACAGAGUAUUUUUGUAUUUCCUUUAUGUGAAUUUUUAAGCUGCGAAUCUGAUGGCCUUAAUUUCCUUUUUUGACACUGAAAGUUUUGUAAAAGAAACCAUAUCCAUACA